AUGGUUAUACACGAGCUUGUCAUCACUUCCAAAGAUCCUUCUGAUUCUUGGCGCCCUUCCCCCCACCCAAAUAUCGGUCAACUUUGGAAAUUACGAGGUGUUUCUCGUAGCUUCGCUGCGGAAAUCGAACGCGAAGUCUUCUCUCAACAGCCAAGAGAGUUCUACAGCCACCGUAACGUUCAGCGCCUGGUCAAGACGCACUUCUCAAGAUUCAUGUUGCAAGUCUCACGGAAGCCAGGCAGUGUGAAUCAGAUGAUGUUUACAUGGCUCCAACGUAUGGUUCAGUACGUCGUGGAACAGGUCGAAUAUGAAGACAAAGAGCAACGCACCGAAGUCAUUGACAAAACUUACAAUGGCUUCAGUAAGAUCCUCCCGAUGGAUGAUGUAAUUCAUGCCUUGUGGUGUGAUAGUGUUGGGUGUUCGAACUGCUCCAGAUUGCUCGGUUCAGAGCUCCCUAUACGUCUUCCCUAUCACGAUAAGUUUUGCGCUGCCCUAGCCGCCAGCAAUCAUCGUCUUCUUUCCAAAAUUCUCCCAAAGCUUGAUACCACAGACAGAGAUCGGCUCAUCACCACGCAGCCUAUCUUAUUUGCAGUACAAAUGCGUGACUUGACAUCGCUCAACACCAUUCUCCGUUAUCUCGAGACACAGCUCACGUCAACACAAAUCUUCUUUACGGCUGAAUACGAAAUGUUUUCCAUCUCGAGGUGCAUCAGCAUCACACUGUGGGAGAAAUAUCUUCCCGCUGCUCAACUUCUGCUCGACUAUUACGAGAAAAAUCUGCCUUGUCCUUCAAGCAGGACCUACAGCGGAUGGGUCGCCGAAGCAUCCGCAAAUUGCUCGCUCGAUCAGUUACAAGCCCUCAAGGCCGUUCUCCGCUUCAAUACUGGUAGGUGGAACUUGAUUGGACCUGACACACUUGGUGCUGUGUACGCCCAAGGUAACUCUGCAGCUAUUCAGGAGGUCCUCCAGCAUGUCGAAGAUAUUAACAAAGGAACACUUUCGACAGCCCCUUUUUUCAUCGCUGUUCGAUCUGGACGUGCAAUCGCCAUACAGGCCUGUCUUCAGGCGGGUGCCAACGUCAACCUCUCCGUGCGGCCGAACAUGCGGGCGAUUGGCAGGACACACAUAACGCCUCUUGAAACCGCUGCCCAUCGACAUGACGUCUCGAUUGUUAGAACCCUUAUCGAAAGUGGCGCGACAAUUCCGCAUAUCUCAAAAUGGCCGACACAUGCGCGCACGUACCGCUUACUGCAUGAAGCUGCAUCAAAACUCACCGAUGUCGUACUCCCUGACUUGGAGCAUUUCAAGCGAUGUAACAAGAACGAUCUGAAGGCGUUGAGAUAUUAG